UUAGUUUAUGUCUACAUACAUAACUAACUAUUAUAAAGUGUGUGUGAAUAAUAAUCGCGCAAGUUCACGGACAUUCACAAAUUGCAGUCAAAUAUUGCUAAUGUAACUAACGAUAGAAUUAUUACUUUACUAAACUUAAAAUUUCUGUUUUUUGUUGUUUUUUUAAGAUUGAGAUAGAACACCGACGUUAGAUUAAGAAAUUUUGGGACUGAGCUCAAACUUAGAUUCAAAAUCAAAGAAGCUUUUGUCUCUCAUUAUUCAGCCCAGCUGAUGAUUUCUGGUAUUGAAUGAAAGACCUCUUGGGCAGUGACCUGUGAGAAACAAAAGAUAGACCUGAAAUGCUAUUUCUACACUCCUGUGAUUUUCAAUCCAAAAUGCUCAAAAAACUAUGGACCUGCAGAGUGUUCUCAAAGCAUUACCAGAUGAUCGUCCAGUCACAAGAAUCUGCAUUGUUGAAGAUCCUACCAAAUGCCCAUCAGGUUUCCAAUUGGUAGCUAAGACUUUUGACCAAGACACAGAUGCUGAUUUAUGGAAAGAUGGAAUUUUUGGCAAGCGAAUAACCAGAUACAUAUGUUUCAUGAAAGAUCAAAGUAGCUGUAAUGAGGUAGUUGAAUCUAUUACUGUAGCUGGAGAAAGAGAACUUCCACCAGAGUGGACUGCUCUGUUAUAUACUCAAGAUAGUGAGCAAAAAGCCAUAAGAAAGAAAAAUCUGUGUUAUAAGUUGGUAAGCAAAGACUUGGUACAGGAGGCAGUAACUGAUAUUAUUGUGCUGAGUAAGUCAAAGAAACCUCCUCCUGGAUUUACUCUUGCUGGGGAAAUAAACAGCUUGUUGAUCUGUUACAAAUGUGGUCCAGUCUCUCCAGCUAGAUUCCCUAGGGUAGUAGACCCAUUACCAUACAGCUUGCUGUCAAAUGGUCAACAAGUAACAUCAAGUAAUUGGGGUGUAAGUAGUGGUCAAAGUCAGCAGCCUUAUGUUCAAGGACAGCGCACACUGUAUGGUAAUUCCAUUACUCACAAUGCUGUGCUAGAUGGAGUUCCAUUCACCAUUAAUCCAAAAUACAGUGAUUUUAGUCACCUACUCCAGUUCAUUAUCCCUGAUAUCACAUUCAAAACUGAAGACCAGCUACGAGUGCAAUAUAACUAUAGCUUCCAGGUUGAAUAUCAAGUUCAGCAGGCUGUGUCUUCCAACUUUAGCUAAAAUUGUUUGCAUUGAUUUUAAUUUGAAAGAAAAAAAGUUUUAGUUACUGUAUACCUUCUGAUCAAUGAAUAAUCUAAAAGUUUGUAUACAAUUUUUGGUGAGUACUGUAAAAAAAAACAUUGUACUAGCGGUGGUGUUAAUGGAAGGAUGUAUGCAUUUGGAAAUUUCACUUGUUAUUAAUUCCUCGUAUGAGUUAAAUAGAGCAGACAUUUGGCAAUAAUGAAGUACUGUUGUAGCUUCCCAAGGAAAAUAUUAUCUUCGUGACCAUAUUUGGCUGGUUUGGAGGUUUUUGAUGGUUGUGUAAGAGUACAGUUACAACAUAACCAUCUUAACCUUAUAUAUGUAUAAAAAGUGUCACCUGUUAAUCAUUUUUGAACAUGUAUGCAUAUUACAGUGUAUAAAAAUUAGAUUUUAAAAUGGUGCCUAACUUAUACAUUUGUAUAAUUGCAAAGAAAAAUGCAUGUAUAUACAGUAUUACAUUUAAAUAAAACAAAUAUUGCAGAAAGCUGGUCAGACUAGUUCUGAUCAGCAGUAAUUUCUUCCGCUUAGUGUUUUUCCAAUAAAUAGUACAUUCGUUAAAAGUUCUUUUGUAGGAAUGUUAAAGUAUGCUUUGUUUUUGAGACUUGCUGUAGUUUUAUUUCUAUGAUAAAGACUUUUGCAAAUUCAAUAUAGAUUCUUAACUGUACUUGAUGUAUAAUAAUGUCUCCAAGCUACUGCAGUUUUCACACCUCGCUUCAGUGACACAUGCUUCUAAUCUUAAGAAACUAAUUCUGGAAUAGUGUUGUUUUUUAUGCACAUUCUCUGUAUCUGUAGUUUAGUCAUUCACAUCAGAUGCAGCUAAAGAUGUUAGGAUUAUGACCACUUUGUUUUAAUUUCAGCCAUCUUGACCAAGUCUCAUUUACAUUGAGGAAAUACGUAAUAUGCAUUUUAUUUCUUUUCUUUCAUCUCCAAAUGUCGUGACAGUUUCUCCAAAGCAGUUUAAUGUCCAAUGCUUUAAAUACUGAUUGUAUGUAAAAUUGUCAUUGUUGAACAUCUUAAUUUUUUCCACCAACUUCUGUAUACAAUAUGUAUAGAUAGACCUUGUAUAGCAUUUUUUGAAAUUCUGAAAUAAACAAAAACCUUUCUGCAUGUUUAAAGAAAAAUAAUUCUUGCAGUUUUGAAAUUAAACCUCUAAUACAUGCGUAUUGUUAAAAAAAUAAUGCCAUUGCACUUUGCUCAAAUUAGCAUUGAAGUCAACAAAUCUUGUGUUGUUUCAUUCUUUUCUUCAUUUCUAGCCAAAAUUUUUUUUUUCUCCUUUUGUCUCAUUUUUUAAAAUGAAUGCUGUAUAUUAAACUAAGCGUCACUGUUAUUUCUACACAUUCAACUAGAUUCACUGAAAUUAGAUAUUUUCUAUCAUAAUUUCACAUAUAUUAUCCUGGUCUUUGUUUACAGUCAAGUACAUGUGACUGAAAUUUUUUCACUAGUUAUUUCAGUAAUCUACUUUAGCAUUUUAUCUUUCCAGGGUACAAUAGAGAUUUUGCAAAGGAAAGAAACACACAAACACAAGUGAACAAAUAAAUCAAAGUUUUAUUCACAAUAGUUGUAUAUUUUACUUGCUGACUGGCUUACAGUUUUUUGUUGUCUCUUAAUGGCUACUUGGGUGAGAAGCUUUGUUUAUUUCUACAUCCCACAGAAAAAAGACAAAAUAAAUUCUUAUUCACAACCUAAAUUCAUACAAAAUGUUAAAAGUGCUAUAUAUCAGGAUUGAAUACUGACUAUUCCAAAUAACAUUUAUAAGAGAGAACUCUUAGCUCGUAUCAGUUUGUACAAGUAUAUGAGCCAUCCCUGAGAUGGGCUCACUUUUCCCCAAAGGGGGCCAUUGGAGUAUGAAACCUGAUCUUAGUAAAAGGAUUAAUAUACAUUUAUGAUCUUUCAACAUCAGAUCUCUUGUACAGCACCAUUAUAACAAUGGAGAAAACUUUACUUGAAUAUAUUGGACUAAAGAUGUACUCUAAACUAGUUAUGGAAAAUUGAAAAUUAUGAUUUUUAUUAGUUAUUACUACAGCUAUUAAGUUGACCAAUUGGCUUAAGCAUUUAAUACAAAUGAUGCGAGAUAUGCAUGUAUAUUUGACAUCUAUUUAUGUUUUCCACAAGUUAAAAAUAUUCAUAUAAUUGCAUGCAGUGAUAGUAAGUUUCUCUUACAUCUGUAUCCCUUGCAUGGUAUGAGAGUUUACUCUAGACUUUGUAUCUGAUAAAUGUUUUAAUUUAUUUCACAUGGAUUUAGUUAUUCAGAAAGCUUUUACAGCUUAUUUUAGACUUCUUGUUAAAAAUUUGUAUCAUAACACUAGUAUCAUUUUCUUGAGAACUUUAUGAUUGUGAGAAAUGACUUUUUUUAUGUGCACUUCAACUCGUGGAUUGUGGGAACUUGUACUAACUUAUAAUUCCUGUGUUGUUUUAUCAUGCACAUUCACACAGUUUUCUCUUGCAAUGAUAUCUGUAUUUAGCAAGAUUGGUUCAAUGUAUAGCAUGUACCCCUCUGUACAAGAAACAGGAUACACGUGCAUAUAGGUCAGGAACUUUCUUCAUGGUGCAAGUGUCAUCAGUAAUGUGUUGUAUCACAUUGAACUUAAAAUGUUUUUUAACAUUGUUACAGAUUAUCUGUAGUCACCUACAUUUACAUUGUGCCUGAUUGUUAUAUAGAUAUUGGAAUCACUGGGGAAGGAUCAUGUAGGUUAGUGUUGGAUGAGCAAUUAUUUGAUGAUGAGAAUUGCUUAACAAGUUAUAGUGCUCCCAUAAGCAAAGGUAGGCUUUUCAGAUAAAAUACUUUUAAGCCACUUUUAUCUGAGCUGCUGUAUAUGUGUAUUUAAUUGCACAGUAAUCGACACCAUUUGUAACCAAAAAUUUUAAAAAUAACGAACUCUGCACAUCUUCCUCUUUUCAGAUGUGGUAAUGAUAUAUUUGUAAUUAAAGUCUACUGUAGAACAUAAAUACUAAUAAAGUGCUUAUAUCAGAAUGUCAAUACCUUAUUUUUUUGUGGUUGCAAAAAAUUGGUCUACAUGUAUUUUCAUAAUUCAAUGCACACAAGUUGCUGAAGAAAACCUUCUUGUCACUGAAGUAAGAAAGUACAUGAAUAUUAAAUCUCAUUAGAAAAGAAAUAUGAAAUUAACAUUAUUAUUCAGAUUAACUGAUGCUUUACUUUUAAAAAAAGUUUUCUAUUACAUUUUGAAUUCCAUUUAGGCCCAGGAAUAUUAACAUUAAUAUCUUUCAGUAAUGCCUAUCACACGGUUUGAAACAAAUAUUAUUUUGUGAGAUUUGUCAUUGUUUUUAUUUUAAAAUAUUAAAAACCUUAAUUUUAGUUUUUAUAUCUGAAAUUUUUAUAAUAUUAAAAACUGUGAUUUCUCUAUUACAGCAUAAUCUUACAUUGCAUUUCUAGCAUCCCAUCUAGUCAAUGUUUUUUUUUUUAUUGAAAUGUUUAUCAUAUGAAACUUAUCAGGGAUGGAAAUCUUAUAACUAUAUUUUGGGAUGAAUGGAACUAACAAUACAAAUUGUAUUACAAGGUGAAUUUAAGUAUUUUUUUCACUAUAACUCAUGUAAUGCUCAUUAUUUUAAUUAUUGAUAAACUAAGGGCUUGAUUUAUACAGUACUGUAGUUUUUGUUAUGAGUUUGAGAUAAAUGUGUUUUUUUGUAAAUUUUGCACAGGGAGUAGUUUUAUUUGUUAUAACUGUCAAAACUACACUGGUUUAAUAACUUGAUUUAUUUUAAUCAUAUACUUGUUGAGCUAACUGUUGUUAGUUAAAAAUACCUUCAGUAAAACAUUUAACAUGAGAAAGUUGAUUAUGACAUAUAUAUGAAACAAGAUAACAGUUCAAUGAAAGAGAUUAAUAACCUUAUAUUGCUACAAAAAACAUGUACUUGCUAAUUUUUAACUCUUCUCACUUUGUUUUCAUGUCAGCCAAUUGUAACUGUGCUUGUUUUAUUUACAGUAGCAUGCUGUAUACAGUAUACAAGCAGAUGUUAUAUGAUUGAAGUGGCAUUUUUGGAAUCCAGAUUUUUUGUAAUUGUUGUUUUCAUUUAAUAACAGAUGUUUUACUGUUGGGCUUUUUUUUAUUAUUCAUCCAGUUAUGUUAUUUUAAAACUUGGACAUAUUUGGAUUCAGAAAGCCUCAUUAUUUACAUGUAACAAUUGUUUAAUGACCUAAUAAUUUUGUCUUCAAUAAAGAAAUAGCAGUAACAUUGUAGAUGACUUUUUUUUAAUGUUUGAUUCCAAUGGCAUAUUUGUAUUUCCUUAUCUGUGCUACUGCUAUUUUAUAAUUGACACUUGAAGAUGCGUUGACAUUAAAUGCAAUCUUUAAUGUUAAAGGGCAGCACAGUUAUCUCUUUACAGGUGGAUUUUUUUUGUCAUU